AUGGAUUCUCAUUCCUCUGAAACGGAACUACUCAAAACACCAAAUGGAAACAUGAGAGACUCUAUCCCAGAGUUCAAGAAUCAUUUAAGGAUGUUGUUAGAGUUUCUUAAGGACAAUAAAAUGAACCCAGCUUCAACAAAACCCAAGACAUACCGUCAGAAAAUAGAGAAAUGUAAGACCAAAUUUGACAGAUAUCACGAAACUACCACACCGAAAUCUGUACUAAGCAAAUCCUAUAACUGCACUGGAAGACUUAAAUUCUAUAGCGACAAAAUGUUAUACAUAUACCUGGAAGUUGCUGAAAAGCUAAAGAAACCGCUACCGUGUACUUUCAUGUGGCCUGUGAAGUUGACAUGGAAAGUAGAUAUAAUUGACGAAGAUGAUGAAGACAACACUGCAAGUUGUUGCUGUCUUGGACAAGCCACUUCGAUAUUCAACAAACCAAAUCAAGGAUUCGUGUCAUUUCCCAACGAUUGGAUUGCCAAAGAUUUUAAUGCCAUUGACAUUCCAAAGUUUUUAGCAGACGAUGGAUCGAUGACCUUGAGGUGGACUGUGAUCACUGAACCACUUCUACCGUCUGUUUACGUGGAGGACUUUCAAAAACUGCUGGUAAAAUUGGAGGUUAUUUGUAACAACUAUGAAGGGCCGGAAGUGCUGCUGAGUCACAUCAAAAAAGUGGCUCAUGAGAUUCUGGA